GCGGCCGGUGAGCGCCGGGGCCGGGGGGAGCCCCGGGAGCCCCGGGCGGCCCCCAGAACCGCUCUGCUCUCUUGCAGCCUGGAGGAGCCUGUGGGAGCGCCAUGGGCCCUGCCAUGGCGGCAGCGCGGCACGGGCCGCCCGGUGCGGCGGGCACGGGAAGGGGCCGGCCGGCGGCGGAGCCGGGAGGUAGGUGGGGAAUGCCCGGCUGGGGGCUGGAGCUUCCCUGCGGGAACGGGAGCACGGGAAUCGGUGCUGGGAUGGGAUGUGCUCCCUUGAUGGAGGGUGUCCCGUCCUCGUCUACAUAGGGACAUCACUGUGGGAGCCAGGGCUGGUCUGGGAGCCCGGAGAGCAGGGAUCUGCCGCCAGGGAAAGCUCAGUGGAUUUCCAAGAAUGAUCCAAGGCUCCAGACCCUUCUGUGUGAGCGCAGCUGCCAGAGCCAUUUUGGGCAGGUGGGGAGGUGACAAGGGGAAGGAGAAGCUCACCUUGAAGGACGUGGCCGAGCUGCUCCGGAAGAAGGAAUGUCGGCGCGUGGUGGUGAUGGCCGGCGCCGGGAUCAGCACGCCCAGCGGCAUCCCAGACUUCAGGUCCCCUGGGAGCGGCCUGUACAGCAACCUGGAGCAGUACGACAUCCCCUACCCCGAGGCCAUCUUUGAGCUGGGCUAUUUCUUCGUCAACCCCAAGCCCUUCUUCACCCUGGCCAAGGAGCUCUAUCCUGGAAACUACCGCCCCAAUUCCGCCCACUAUUUCCUCCGGCUGCUGCACGACAAGGGGCUGCUCCUGCGCCUCUACACCCAGAACAUCGACGGGCUGGAGAGAGUGGCUGGGAUCCCUCCUGACAGGCUGGUGGAAGCCCAUGGCACCUUUGCCACUGCUACCUGUACGGUGUGUCAGAGGAACUUCCCCGGCGAGGACUUCAGGGGAGAUGUCAUGGGGGACAGGAUCCCUCGCUGCCCUGUCUGCACCGGAGUUGUCAAGCCUGACAUCGUGUUCUUCGGCGAGCAGCUCCCACAGCGCUUCCUCCUGCACCUCGCAGACUUCCCCAUGGCAGACCUGCUCUUCGUCAUCGGGACAUCCCUGGAGGUGGAGCCCUUUGCCAGCCUGGCCGGGGCCGUGCGCAGCUCCGUGCCACGGGUGCUCAUCAACCGGGAGCUGGUGGGGCCCUUCGCGUGGCAGCAGCGCCACAACGACGUGGCCCAGCUCGGGGACGUGGUUGGCGGUGUCGAGAGGCUGGUGGAGCUGCUGGGCUGGAAUGAGGAGAUGCAAACGCUGAUCCAGAAGGAGAAAGAGAAGGUGGGAAGAGGCUCAGACCCCCAGCUCCCCCCUCAGCCCCUCUGUUCCCUGUUCUGGAGUUAUGCACGGAGUGGGUUUGUGCUUGCUGGGGUCACAUUGCACAGAAAAGUGCAAAAGAAGCUCCAUUCCAACCCAAACCUGAGUGCUGUUCCACAACCAGCGUGCCAGGGCAGAGCCCUGUGGGCUGAACGUGUCUGUGAGAAGACAUGGAUCUGCCAGUCCCAGAUGAGUUAGGAACAUGGAAAAGGACAGGAUUUGGGCUGAAAGCAGUGACCCUCUCAGGGACUGAGAAGCUUCCAGUUACAUCACCUGGUGUGUGAUUUGUUCUCAGACAAACCCUGUAGCUGGAGGUGCAGAUUCCAGGGGGUGGGAGUAACCAGACAGGAAAUGCCCUUGGUCAGCAGUGCUGGGCUGUGAGGCAGCAGAGCCUCAACCCAGAACUGGGAUGUUCCACAGGGAGCUGGGAUGUUCCUGGCUGGAAACUCUCCACUCUGUAGUCCCUUCAUGGCUGUGUUUCCACUUCCAGAGGUUCCUCUAGAGCAAUAAGCUGUAGGAGAAAGGGAAAGGAGGCUCCAUUGUGCUGAGACCCAAACAAUACUGCUGGCUGCUCCUGCUCCACUUGGCAGUGAUGAUUGAUUUUUUUCCCCACCAUUCUCACAUCUGUAACCUUCUGGGAUCUUCAGGAGUGAGAAAUUGCAGGGGAACAAGUUUGUAAUUACUUGGAGCUCAGUGCUAAUGUUAAUUACUACAUUCCUUUAGACCACUGGGAGGUUUUUUCCACAUUUGACAUCAAACACAGCUGGUAUUUUUUAGGCAUACAUUGUCCAAACGUGACUGCAUAAAAUCUGGCUUCAAGAUUCCAAUUGUAACAUGCAGGUUGUUCUUACUUCCCUCAGAUGAUGCAGCAGGAAUGAGUAGGAAUUCUUAGCCUUUUUGCCAGGUUUUUCAUUUUUUAGUACCAACAUUGUGGGGACCAGCCAACCCUUGGCUUGAUGCUUGCACUGCUCUGAAUCCCUGAGGGAUAAUGCUGAUGCAACAGUGAUGGAGGAAAACCAGUUGCUUGGAGCAACAUGGACUAGUGGAAAGUGUCCCUGUCCAUGGCCAGCAGUGGGACUGGAUGAGCUUUA